CUGGAGCGUUGCUGGGCUCGCGCGGCCCACAUACGGCGCAGAUCGAUCGGGGCUGUGGGGCCUGCGCGGGAGAGAGCGCAUCUAGCGCGCGAGGCUAUAAAACACGCCGGAUUCUGAUCUCACCGCCCGGCAAGCACGAACACGAUGACAUCGGAUCGGGUCGGUUUCUCUCUUGCUGUCUUCUCGAUCGAUCGAUGGCUCCCACGGCGGCGGCGGGGCUGGCAGCGCGCGACGCGUCCGGCCACCUCUCCCCGCUCACCAUCUCCCGCAGGAGCACUGGAGAUGAUGAUGUGGUGAUAAAGAUUCUUUACUGUGGGAUCUGCCACUCCGACCUGCACAGCAUCAAGAACGAGUGGAAGAACGCCACCUACCCACUUGUUCCUGGGCACGAGAUCGCCGGCGUGGUGACGGAGGCCGGCAAGAACGUGACCAAGUUCAAGGGCGGCGACAAGGUGGGCGUCGGGUGCAUGGUGAACUCGUGCCACUCCUGCGACAGCUGCAACCAGGGGUUGGAGAACCACUGCCCAGGCGUGAUCUUCACCUACAACUCCGUCGACAAGGACGGCACCGUCACCUACGGCGGCUACUCGAGCAUGGUGGUGGUGCACGAGCGCUUCGUGGUCAGGUUCCCGGAGGCCAUGCCGCUGGACAAGGGCGCGCCGCUGCUCUGCGCCGGCAUCACCGUGUACAGCCCCAUGAAGUACCACGGCCUGAACGUCCCCAGCAAGCACGUCGGCGUGCUUGGCCUCGGCGGGCUCGGCCACGUCGCGGUGAAGUUCGCCAAGGCGUUCGGGAUGACGGUGACGGUGAUCAGCUCGUCGCCGGGGAAGAGGCAGGAGGCGCUGGAGCGGCUCGGCGCCGACGCGUUCGUCGUCUCCAAGAAUGCCGACGAGAUGAAUGCCGCGACGGGCACCAUGGACGGCAUCAUCAACACGGUGUCUGCCAACAUUCCGAUCGCGCCGCUGCUGGGUCUGCUGAAGCCCAACGGGAAGAUGAUCCUCGUCGGCCUGCCGGAGAAGCCCAUGGAGAUCCCUCCCUUCGCUCUGGUUGCUUCGAACAAGACGCUGGCCGGGAGCUGCAUCGGCGGCAUGGCGGACACGUAGGAGAUGAUCGACCUGGCAGCGAAGCACGGCGUGACGGCGGAGAUCGAGGUGAUCGGCGCCGACUACGUGAACACGGCCAUGGAGCGCCUCGCCAAGGCCGACGUCAGGUACCGCUUCGUCAUCGACAUCGGCAACACCCUCAAGGACGCCAUCGAGUGAUGCGUCCGGUCCGGUCACUGCUUAAUUUAUCUCUCUGUCCAUUCUGGAACCGGCCAGACUGUCUAAUCGAACGUUUGAUUAGAAAAUGAACAUUUAAAAUAACUUUCGACAGAAAACGGAACAGAAAUCUGUCGGAUUUUUUUCCACCACAGGAUACGUACCCAAAGAAAAGAUUAGGCCUCAAAGGAUUUUGUUUGCACACUACGACAUGGUUAAUCGAUGAAACUAAUUCAGACUUUAUUUCCCGUAAUUUUGCAAACAAACAGUAUGGUUAAACACUAAAUUAGCAUCAAUCAAGCAUUUCUUUACCUAUUACAUGAAGCACGGUACAAAGUUUAGACAUUGCAUAAUUAAACUAUAACUACACUAUAAUUUCCUCUCUCUUUUUUUAAAGAAAUACGGCAGGGGAGGCCCCCACUG